AGGAGGACAACUCUGAGGGUGGCAGGUGGGGCGAGCGGUCACUGUGCAGUGGGAGACACAGGCUCUGAGAGACUCAAGACUUGCCUGAGACCACCUGGAUGGCUCUGAAUAUGCUGCUCCUCCCUCCAGGGCAACACGGGAACCGGAGGCUUCUCGUUUCUUCAGGGACCGUCCCUCAGCUUUCACUGUCUGCCCGACUGCCCACCAGGAGCCCCUGCGUGUGCGGAGUCUGGGAAUGUGCCUUCCUGGGGGCUCCGAGCUGCCCCUGCACCCUGGACUCCCAGCUUCCCCGCGAUGGGCUUUUCCAGGCUGUAGCAUGGGGAGCCCCGGUCACCAAGGACGUGGGCGGCACUCUGGAGUCGGUGCCAUCCUCUCUUCACCAGAGGCCGUGUGAACGUUUUCACGAUGAUUUUUUAAAGAGAGACAGAAGCACCAGGACUAGAAAGACAAGGUUGUCCUGCCUCCCACAGGCAGCAGCCUCGAGCUGGCAGCAUCUCUUCGGCCCCCUGGAAGUCAGCUCCGUGAGGCGGGGGAGGCCCCCGUGAAUUCUGCAGGGAGCACUUGGUGGGCGCUGGGCUGACUCACUUUCCUCACCUGUGAAAGGGGGUCAGUCCCACUGCGGUGGGGCCAGUGAGCGAAUUCCCAGGAGGUCCGAGCAGAGCCGCAGCCGGGGUACAACUGGCUUCUGGGGCCGGGCUGCUGCCUCCAAGAGCCCAGCCUUUUUCCCAGAGGCGAGGAGUGAAUCUGGGCUCCAUGCAGGGGGGUUCCAGCAUGUAAAAGGUGUGACAAAUUCAUCCUCCAAUGUCCAACCGGACAAACCUCCUCGACCCACCACUGAAGGCCCCCCAAGUGCUCCGAGGGACCUGGCGUGCUGUGGGCUGGGAGGCGUCUGUCCCAGCUUCAUCUCCAAAAUGUCGGCGUCUCCACUGCCCUGUGCUGCGGUUUCCAGGCAUCGAGGUGGAGCGACCUCCUUCCAUCUCUCCUGCUCGGGGUCGGUCAGCAGGCCGAGUCUCAGAGCUAUGACACAGUUUGUCACAUGUCGCACCAGACCAGGUGGCCCUGGGUCAGCCAACGAGCUUUGUUUCAGGAGAGCGUGGGUGCACCACAUGGCUGCACGGAGGCCCGAGGGCAAGAUCUUCCCCAGGGACAAGCUAGAUGCAGGGUGGGGCCUGCUGAGCCUCAGUUUCCUUGGCUGUAAGACGGGAUGAAGGCAUUUACAGCGGGGAUUGCUGGGAAUUCCUCCUCCGGAUCCGGCUGAUGCCUCGGUGCACCGUAGGCUCCCAGGAGCUCACGCGACCCUUCCCUGCCUGUCACUUGUGCCCCACCUGAGAACGAGGUCCUUGUAGUGGCAGGGCAGCCAGUCUGGCCCCGCCCAGCCCCCGCCGCCUCCCUGCCCUCAUCUCCUUUCUCUGAGACAAGGCCCCUCGCUGGUCCUGGAGGUGGUGGCACACUCCUGCCUCGGGCCUGGCAUGCGUGGCCCUUCCCUCCUCCCGCAGGUAAGCUCCAUGUCCCUUUACCAGAGAAGCCAGCGUCAACCCCCACGGCCCUGGGGGGCGACACAUGGCGGCUCCCCUCCUUCACUCCUGCCUCUCCCAGACGGAGCCGAAGCCUCAGGCGUACGGCAGGCACCAAUCACUAUUUGUCGAAGGAAUGAAUGGGCACCACCUAAGGAGCUAGGUCAGAUGGAAGCGUGGCCCAGAGAUGUCAGCAUGAAGACCAGGUCAAUGUGACAAGCCGGGUCCCGCCCUGCCCUCAGGUGCAUGGACUUCCCCAGGCAGCACUGACACCCCCGCUGAGGUGAGGCUGCUGGGCCCCAUCCACGGGGAGAGGCAGCUGGAAACUGGGGGCCCCAGCUCCUCCUGGGGCCAGAUCCUGACCCCAAAGCCAGCCUGUUAUCUGGGUGUCCGAAUCCUGCCGGGGUGGAGGAGGGGCUAGGGAAGAGGCAGGUCCACCUGUUCUCCAGGGACCUCCCUGCAACCCUUCAUGAGGUCAGAGCUGGGCACCCAGGGAGACAGCAGCCUUGGCCACGGGGGCCAUGCCAGCCAGGUACCAGCCUCGCAUGGAGCCUGUGGGUGAUAAUCUCCAGGCUGCUCCGGGGCUGGGCGGCAGCUGUAGGGGGUUCAGCUGUCACAGAGGGAGCCUGGGAAGCCAGCACUGCCUGGGAUGAUCCCCCUCCUGCCUCCUCCUCCCCAGGCCCCAAAGGCCCAGCUAGCCCAUCCCCCUACCCAAGGAGCCAAGCCCUACUGACACGUGGCGAGCCAACACUGACCCACCUGCUCCCUCAGGAGGUGGGAUCUGAUCUCCUCCCGCUGGCCUACACGGGCCACGACGGAGAGGCGCCUCGUGACACUCUGCAGUCAGCUCAGAAAAGCCGUAGAUGCCGACCUGGUGAAGCCUGCCCAGCAUGGGGUGUUCUCUGAAGUGGGAGCCACAUGGAGGGCGGCACCCACUGCUGCUGACCGAGCCCCUGGCAUCCCCAAGCUGAGCCUUUGAACCCCAGCAGGGAAGACCACCCGGCCGAGACCCUGGCCACCAUGGGGCCAUCACGGGGCCACGGGGCUCUGUUCCAUCUCCCGGCCCAAGGGUCUCUGAGCACCGCCAGGGCUGCCUCACGCCUCUGAGUUUGGAGUGUUUUGUUCGGCAGCACUGGGGCCCGAGCGGCUUCUUGCCCGGUUCUGGCACAGCUGUGCUUGGAGGGGGCGUUUCUGGGAUCCUGUGGUUUAGGGGACGCUCCCUCACUCCCCGGCCUCGGGGGCCGAUGACCAGGCGGAGCGGGCCCAAGGCCACGUCUGUGAGGGAGUCACAACGCUAGGCCACUCCCAGCUGCCUCUGUGGUCACAACGUCCAGCUGCCCCCACACAGGCGAGACCCAGGAUCAAGCCCCAGGGCUGGAAAGCAGACACGGGAUGUAUUUGUUUGUGGAAUCAAAUACGACGGCAGCUUGCAGGCAGCCCAGCCGUUGUGCAAACAACCCUCUUCCAGCACCCAGUGAGGGCGGCCCUGAAGCAGCCGGCGACCCCGGGCCCUGUCACCCGCCAGGCGGGGUGUUGGGGACCGUCCCUCAGGCAAGACAGGGUGCCUGUGUCCUGAGCACCUCCCGUGUCAGGUGCGGGGGGCAGACAGACAAAAGUCCUGCCCCACGGAGCUGACCUCGGACGGGAGCCCAGGAACACUGUGCAAAUGUACAAGACCCUCGGCCGAGGCUCGGAGGUGUGGUGGUCGGGAGAGGCACGGGGUGGGUGAGUGGGUGGCCACUGAAAAGGUGACGUCUGAGCAAGACCUGAGGAAGGGAAGCUGGGAGCCAUGCAGGCGUCGGGGGAGAGCAUUCCGGGCAUGGGGGCCAGUAGCGCAAAGGCCCUGAACUGCAGCCAGCCAGGCAUGGUGGGCAGCAGCAAGGCGGAGCAGAGUGGGUGAUGGUGGGUGAUGGAAGGGAGAGGAGUUUGUGUGGUCUUGGCCCCACAAGGACCUCGGCUCCAUCCCUGGAGAACUGUGACUGGCCUUUAAUGGGACCCAUCUGUCUGCCAAGUGCAAAAUGGACCUGGGAUGGGGCGCUGGGGUAGAAGCAAAGAAACCAGGUACAGAAUCUGGCACGAGUCACGCAGUCAGAAAGCAGGUGCUGGAGAGAUCCCAUAACUGUUUGUGGAAUCAAAUAGGACAGCAGCUUGCAGGCAGCCUGGCCGCCGCUGUGCAAACAACCCAGAGCGUCCCUGAACCAGCCGGUGACCUCAGGCAACCGCAUCCAUCCCCGGGGCCAGUGCACCAUCGCCCGUGAGAGGUGUGGAGACGGCUGCUCUCCCGUGCCUGCGGGAGGACGCGGUGACAGCAAGGCCAAGCCCCCUGCCCACCAGGACAGCAGCUUUUCUUGAUAAUUUAUCCCCUGAAACCCUGUGGACAAUGAAACCCAGAGUCCCCAGGUGAGCCAGGGAUUCUACUCCUAGGAAUCCAACCAAGAGAAAUGAAGACAUUCAUCCCUGCAAAAGCUACCAAUAGCCACGGCUGCGUGGUCCACGCAACUACCAAUAGCCACGGCUGCGUGGUCCACGCAAAAACUGCCGAUACCCACGGCUGCGUGGUCCACGCAAAAACUGCCAAUACGAGACGGGCGGAUCACGAGACUGCCGAUACCCACGGCUGCGUGGUCCACGCAAAAACUGCCGAUACCCACGGCUGCGUGGUCCACGCAACUACCAAUACCCACGGCUGCAUCAUCCACGCAAAAACUACCAAUACCCACAGCUGUGUCAUCCACGCAGAAACUACCGAUACCCACGGCUGUGUCAUCCACGCAAAAACUACCAAUACCCACGGCUGCAUGGUCCACCGUAACCACAAUGGGGGCAACAACCCACGGGUCCAUCAACAGACACACAAAACACGGUCUUUCCACACAGUGCUGUGCAACUCAGCCACAGGGAAGGACGCUCUCCACUAGGCUCCAGUGCGGGGAGCCAUGAAGGCCCCGUGCUGAGUGACAGAGCCAGAUGCAACAGCCACUUGUGGCCCCGUCCCCCUCAUCUGAGGCGUCCAGAACAGGCAAGUUCACAGAGAUGGGUGGGGGACGCUGACCGGGGGCUGGGGGUGGAGGAGUGAGGAGAUGGGGAGGGGGCAGACUGGGAGCU